GUGGCGCCGGCGGCGGCCUCCGCACGCUGCAGAAGGACCUGGUCGAGCUCAAGGAUGCUGCCGUACGGCUGCGCGCCGAGGGCGGCACGGACGACGAGCUCGAGCAGGCGGACGCCGACGUGGAGGAGGUGCGGCGCAAGGUCCGCAAAGCCAGCUCGGUGACGGGGGCGCCGGACCCCAGCUCCACGACAGAGGCUCCGCAUCGCCGCCGUCGCCAUGGCAGCACCACGACAGGGCCGGACCCCGUCGAUCAGGAUGACGUCGUGGAGGGCCCCGGCGUGAUGUCGGCAGCGGUGGAGGACCCCGUCGUGGAGCAGCCGGCAGCCGCCCAGCAACAUCACAAGAAGCAGGAGCACAGCGUCAAGGGUUCCCACAGCCCCCACGGGAACGAGUCCGAGUCCGUGUCGGUUGCGAACACGUCGAGGGAUACCGUGCACAAGAGAGGCAGCGCGACGACGUCGAAGGCACACAAGAACACGACUUCGACCUUGACUUCGACCUCGACCACCAAGAUCACUAAGACGACGACCUCGACGACCAAGACCUCGACCACCAAGACCAGCACUACCACCAUAACCAGGACCACCACUACCAGAACCUCGACCAGCACUACCAAGACUUCGACAACCAGGACGACCACUUCGACAACGGUUACAACGACCACGACUACGACCUCUACGUCGACCACCUCCACCACUUCCACCUCGACUACCACCACGCGGCACCACGUCUGGGGCGGAGAGGGUGUGAGCUCCGCCCACGACGGCUGGCUGGCGAGGCUGCGCGAGAGGUAUCGUUUCGCAUCUCCCUGCGGCGUGACGGCGUGCCCAGUGCCCGCCAUCGAGAACGCCAGGCUGCCCGAGGCGCUACGUGGCGUCCGCUCCAAGGUGACGGUGACAGACGUUGACACCGAGCGAGGCAGCCAGAGCGCCGUGGAGUCGGAGGGGAUGGGCCACGCCUUGAUGGUGGAGGGCAUCGAGGCCUUGCGGGGGAACAAGACGGGGCUCAACAACGCCCUGGGGCUCGCGCGUGGAUGGCUGUCUAUGGCGCAUGGCCCGAAGGAACGCCCGCACCCGCUGGGCGGCGGCGGGGACGUCACCGCCGACCCCGCCACCAAGUGCUCGGUCAGCCCCUACGGCGUCUCUGCGGUCCAGGCGGGGCCCCGGGGCUGCCUGGGGAUGCUCGGCGGCAAGCGGGCCCACGGGGAGACUCCGCGGGGUGGGGAGCGCCUGCAGCAGGUUGCGUUGCUCAGUCUCGCCUUCCCGCCAAAGUGCUGGCUCUGGCAUGCAGAUGUUGCCAGCGCGUGCGAGGCACAGGUGUGCAGGGACGACCCGUGCGUUGAGGCCUGGGCGGUGGACGGCAAGUGCGUCAAGUGCGAGGAGAGGGGCCUGCCGCUGCUCGUGCUGGCGUCGGGCCCUCAGCGCCCGCGGCGGGCCUGCGCCGUGGCGACCGGCGGCGACCCCGCCGCCCGCGGUCCGCGUGGAGCGCCGCGAGCGACCCAGAGUCGGUCGGAUGUUGCACGAUCUAACGUUCCAGAAACGGCCGAUCGUCCAAAGUUGAAAGAUCCCCGCGGUGUCGGGAGGGGUCGAUGCGAUGCGGAGCCUGAGUUUCGCCGAUGGCGCCGAUGUAUCGCCGACUUCGCCGAUGCAUCGCCGAUGCGUCGGCGAUGCGGCGCGGUCCCCCGACCUCAUCUAUUCGGACCCCACUUGGGAGGCCCAUGCUGCCCGCUAAGGUCGUGCCUCGUCGUCCAGUACGUCUCGUGGGCGUUCCCUGGCGCUGCCCGGGCCGAGGUGCCCUCGCCUGAGCCCGAGGGCGGCGGCUUCAUGACGAAGGUGAUCGGCGCCGCCGCGCAGGGCGCCACAGCGGCCUUCGUGGCGGCCAUCCUGUCGGCAGUGACGGAGCCGCUCGUCAACCGCCUGCUCGUGAAGCGCAUGACUUUCGCGCAGGCCUACGCGGAGGUGAACUUCGCAAUCGUCAGCAAGUUCUUCUUGACGACCUUCCCCACCAAUAUGCUGAAGUUCCCCGUCUUCGAGGUGAUCAACAUCAUGUUCUCCUUCACGAGCCUCUCCGGCGGGAUCCGCGGCAUGAUCAACGGCUUCCUCUUCUGCACCAUCAUGUUGCCGGUGACGAACUACCGCUUCCGGAAGAGCAUGGGCUGGGAGAUCACGCUGCCUGCGCUCUACCAGGCAUACGUGCCCACUGUGGUCCGUGACAUUGUCUACGGCUGGUCCCGAGGCUUCGUCUUCGGCGUGAUGUCCGGCGUCGCGCUCCCCAAGGAGAUCCGCUUCGGCAUCACCGUCUUCGCCGCGUGCAUCAUCUCGUCCCCUGGCAACGAGUGGCGCGGGUACACCCUCCAGCCCAAGGAGAAGAAGCUGCCCUUCGCCGAAUACUUCAAGCCGGUCAACUACGCGCGCUCCACUGGCGUCGGCGCCACCAUCAUGGGCGUCGCCCUCGGCGUGGGCAUGUUCGUCACGCCGUACGUGGAGACGCUCGUGAGCUUCCUCAGCACACUGAUCUGAGGCGGCGGCCCAAGGCAGGCAGUGUAAGCGCGGAGGGGAGGUCGGGGACCAUCUGCAACCGCUUGCGAACCAUGCGGAGAUGCGCCGGGCGGAAUAGACCGACGGCAAGAGCACGCCCCAGCCAGGAUCGUUAGUCUGUCCAUGUCAGCCGCUUGGAGCUCCCCCGCGCACUGCUGCAAAUACAAUAGAUUUGCAUUCAGCGCUGAUGUUGCUUCCCGCAACAAUUUUCGAGUCAAGGCGCGAGACUUUUGGUAAGUAAUUUAAACAUUGGUCACGCUAUCGUGUGAAGUAUGCAUGGGGAAAGAGAAAACUCGCAACAAC